ACCAACCCGCCACCGCGCCACAGACACGCGCGCGCACACACACACGGCUUGGACUACUGAAGCGAGGAAGAAUACCAUUGAUUACUACUACUACUACUACUACUACUACUACUACUACUACUACUACAAUGCAGAUAACACAAUUUGCCGUAAUCGCUUCCGUGGUGUCCCUCGGAGCCAGCCACGCCCUUCCAAUUUGGGACAUGCUGCCGCGACAAGAGAAGAUCGGUCAAAUUAUGUACCUAUUUGCUCACCUUGUUGACCAAAACUGUGCUUAUUCCUACGUACCAGACUGCCACCACCUGUUCAUGUUGCGCGGCCUCAGUAACCUGGUAAACAUGAGCGAACACACACUGAACAAACUGGACCCACAGCAAAGAGGGGCGCAACGGGUCAUCUGGGGAGCUGUUAUGAGGGACACCUGGCUGCCCCCUCCCCAGCCCCCCACCACCUCCCCUACUACCUCGUGCCCCAAGUUGAUGAGAUGUCCAACGAGAUAGAACACUCCUUCCCCAACCCCCCCAAACCCCCACCCCACUCCUCUGACCCCCUAUACCCCUACGCUGCCCUCCCCAACACCUUCAACACCCCGGAGAAGGCAGUGAACAGCCCGCAUCCCCACGCAGUCAAAGUUCCCCCUCCCCCGGGCUUUGAACAGAAAACGGAGGUGCGUGAUAGUGAAGUGCCACCGGUAGACCGAUUUGCCAGCUGGAGUGACAGUGAGGCUAUAGUGGGGAAGCCAGAGGAGAUGGUGAGAGAGUUCGAGGCGUGGAGUGGUAACAGUGACGUGAUAGUGGGCAACCAAGAGCCUGUGGAGGACAUUUACGCCUCGUGGAGUGACGCUGAGGUGACUGUGAGCGACCAGCGUACUCCAGAAGUUAGAUUUGCAGGCUGGAAUGAUGCUGGAAUGACUGAAAACACCCAAGGUACUCCAGAAGAUAGAUUUGCAGGCUGGAAUGAUGCUGGAAUGAUUGAAAACACCCAAGGUACUUCAGAAGAUAGAUUUGCAGGCUGGAGUGACGCUGGAAUGACUGAGGAACACGAAAAAGGAAGCUGGGAUGAUGCUACAGUGAGUGAGAGGUUCCAGGACAUUCCAGCAGACCCCUAUGCAAGCUGGAGUGACAGUGGAGUACCUGAAGAACACGAGGAGGCGCCCAAGGACAGUCACACAAGCUGGAGUGACGCGCAAACUCACAAACAAGAGAUGAAAGGAGACAGAAUUACAGCAAGCGAACAGGACACACACGCCAGCCAGACAGAAUCAGACAGGCAGACAGACAGAUAUGCCUCCUGGAGUGACAGUGAGGCUGGAAUGGAUGGAGAGGAUGUGAAAGAAAACGGGAAGCCGGUUGGAAUUGUACCGUCAGCUAGCUUCGAGCCUCUAAUGGUAGAGAGUCGUGUUGUUGUGAGCCAAGUAGCGCCUCCUGCUUCUCUCCGCGCCGUUCUUAGCACAGAGAAGAGAAAGAGAAGUAUUCCUGACUCUCUUCCUCUUCCACUUCCUCUUCUUCGUCAGUGAGAGAGAAGAGAAAGAGGAGUGUUUUAGAUGAUCUUGUUCCUCUUCUUCCUCUGCUUCGUCAUUGAGAGAAAAGAUGCUCUCUCUCUCUCUUUCUCUCUCUCUCUCUUUCUUCGGCAGUGAAAGAUGCUUGUCCAAAGAAAUGUGAAAGAAAACGUAAAAGCCGGUGCCAGAUUUCAAGAAGAAUUAGAGAAAACGAAAUUCACAAGUUAAUGAAUGUAUGGUAGAAAACGAGGGGGAAAAAAAAAGUGAUGAUUAUCGUACGCGUAGUAAUUCAAACCGUACUUUAUUUAUGCCACCGUGUACAGUUAAGUGGGGGACAGUGAGCCUUAAUACUUAAAUACUACGAAGGUUUAUAUCCUAAAGAGUUACCAAAUAGAAUGAGGCUUUUUAAGUUGUGUAGUAGAUUUAAGUGAAGAGAGAAGUGACUGAAGCAAUGAACGCAGAAGUGAAGCCGUGUGUCAGUGAUUCGUUGCUUCGAAACACUGAUUCACUCGUUCAGUGUUCCAAAACUGUGGAGGCUUUGUAUGUAUGUAUGUAUGGAUGCAUGGAUGUUUGUAUGGGUGUAUUUUUGUAUGUAUGUUUUUUUUUGCCUGUAUAUUUCAAAAUUCGUGUACAUAAAGUGUGUAUGUGUGUGUGUGUGUGUGUGAAUAAUUUUUACCUAUACAUGUCUAGUCAACUGUAAAUAUCUCUAAUAAUAAUAAUAGUGAUGGUGGUGAUGGUGGUGGUGGUGGUGAAGGUGGUGGAUUAAACUAUUUAUUUCAAUCUUUCCCCCCUCACCCCCCAACCCCGCCUCCCCCCAUCACUGUAGUAAGAAUCCGUGAGUUAUGCUCCCUUUGUUUUCGUUCACCUGUCCCUCGUUUCCACAGGUGUGUCCAAUAAACUGUUACCAAUA